AGCCGGGACCCGAUUCAGGUGAAGGUCUGGUUCUCGCGGUUGGAGCAGCGGGCGGCGGAGCCGGGGUCCUAACGUCCUGUCGAAUCCGCGGAAGGGCCGGGAGCGACCGUUUCGGUAGCACGGCGUCCGUAGGCCGGCGACGAUCGCUGCUGUAGAAGACAAGUGAAGGUUUUUUGCCUCUUUCAUCAUGGCUCAGUUUGGAGGACAGAAGAAUCCGCCAUGGGCUACUCAGUUUACAGCCACUGCGGUAUCUCAGCCAGCUGCAUUGGGUGUUCAACAGCCAUCACUCCUUGGAGCAUCUCCUACCAUUUAUACCCAGCAAACUGCAUUAGCAGCAGCAGGCCUUACCACACAAACCCCAGCCAACUACCAGUUAACUCAGACUGCAGCCUUGCAGCAACAAGCUGCAGCUGCAGCAGCUGCAUUGCAACAGCAAUAUUCACAACCUCAGCAGGCCUUGUAUAGUGUGCAACAACAGUUACAGCAACCUCAGCAGACCCUUUUAACACAGCCAGCUGUUGCACUGCCUACAAGCCUUAGCCUGUCUACUCCUCAGCCUGCAGCACAGAUAACUGUAUCGUAUCCAACACCAAGGUCCAGUCAGCAACAAACCCAGCCUCAGAAACAGCGUGUUUUUACAGGAGUGGUUACAAAACUACAUGAUACAUUUGGAUUUGUGGAUGAAGAUGUAUUCUUUCAGCUUAGUGCUGUCAAAGGGAAAACCCCCCAAGUGGGUGACAGAGUAUUGGUUGAAGCUACAUAUAAUCCCAAUAUGCCUUUUAAAUGGAAUGCUCAAAGAAUUCAGACGCUACCAAAUCAGAAUCAAUCCCAAACUCAACCUUUACUGAAGACUCCUCCUGCUGUACUUCAGCCAAUUGCACCACAGACGACGUUUGGUGUUCAGGCUCAGCCCCAACCCCAGUCCCUCCUGCAGGCCCAGAUCUCAGCAGCUUCUAUUACACCAUUAUUGCAGACUCAGCCACAGCCUUUAUUACAGCAGCCACAGCAGAAAGCUGGUUUAUUGCAGCCUCCUGUUCGUAUAGUUUCACAGCCACAACCAGCACGAAGAUUAGAUCCACCAUCCAGAUUUUCAGGAAGGAAUGACAGAGGGGAUCAAGUGCCUAACAGAAAAGAUGACCGAAGUCGUGAAAGGGAGAGAGAACGACGUAGAUCCAGAGAAAGAUCUCCUCAGAGAAAACGUUCCCGGGAGAGAUCUCCUCGAAGAGAGAGAGAACGAUCACCUCGGAGAGUUCGACGUGUUGUUCCACGUUACACAGUUCAGUUUUCAAAAUUUUCCUUAGAUUGUCCUAGUUGUGACAUGAUGGAACUAAGGCGCCGUUAUCAGAAUUUAUAUAUACCUAGUGACUUUUUUGAUGCUCAGUUUACAUGGGUGGAUGCUUUCCCUUUGUCAAGACCAUUUCAGCUGGGAAAUUACUGCAAUUUCUAUGUAAUGCACAGAGAAGUAGAGUCCUUAGAAAAAAAUAUGGCUAUUCUUGAUCCACCAGAUGCUGACCAUUUAUACAGUGCAAAGGUAAUGCUGAUGGCUAGUCCUAGUAUGGAAGAUUUGUAUCAUAAGUCAUGUGCUCUUGCUGAAGACCCACAAGAACUUCGAGAUGGAUUUCAACAUCCUGCUAGACUUGUUAAGUUUUUAGUGGGCAUGAAAGGCAAGGAUGAAGCCAUGGCCAUUGGAGGUCACUGGUCUCCUUCGUUGGAUGGACCAGACCCAGAAAAAGACCCCUCUGUGUUGAUUAAGACUGCUAUUCGUUGUUGUAAGGCUCUGACAGGCAUUGAUCUAAGUGUAUGCACGCAAUGGUACCGUUUUGCAGAGAUUCGCUACCAUCGCCCUGAGGAGACCCACAAGGGGCGUACAGUUCCAGCUCAUGUGGAGACAGUGGUUUUAUUUUUCCCGGAUGUUUGGCAUUGCCUUCCCACCCGCUCAGAGUGGGAAACCCUCUCCCGAGGAUACAAGCAGCAGCUGGUCGAGAAGCUUCAGGGUGAACGCAAGGAGGCUGAUGGAGAACAGGAUGAAGAAGAGAAAGAUGAUGGUGAAGCUAAAGAAAUUUCUACUCCAACCCAUUGGUCUAAACUUGAUCCAAAGACAAUGAAGGUAAAUGAUCUCCGAAAAGAAUUGGAAAGUCGAGCUCUUAGUUCUAAAGGAUUAAAAUCCCAGUUAAUAGCCCGGUUGACAAAACAGCUUAAAGUAGAAGAGCAAAAAGAAGAACAAAAAGAAUUAGAGAAAUCAGAAAAAGAAGAGGAAGAGGAGGAUGAUAGGAAAUCUGAAGAUGAUAAAGAGGAAGAAGAAAGAAAACGUCAAGAGGAAAUGGAACGCCAGCGUCGGGAAAGAAGAUACAUUUUGCCUGAUGAACCAGCCAUCAUUGUACAUCCAAACUGGGCUGCAAAAAGUGGAAAGUUUGAUUGUAGCAUUAUGUCUUUGAGUGUACUUUUAGACUACAGAUUAGAGGAUAAUAAAGAACAUUCAUUUGAGGUUUCACUGUUUGCAGAACUUUUCAAUGAAAUGCUUCAAAGAGAUUUUGGUGUCAGAAUAUACAAAUCAUUACUAUCUCUUCCUGAGAAAGAGGACAAGAAAGAAAAGGAAAAGAAAAGCAAAAAAGAUGAGAGAAAAGAUAAAAAAGAAGACAGAGAUGAAGAAACUGAUGAGCCAAAACCCAAACGGAGAAAAUCAGGCGAUGAUAAGGAUAAAAAAGAAGAUAGAGAUGAAAGGAAGAAAGAAGAUAAAAGAAAAGAGGAUUCUAAAGAUGAUGAUGAAACUGAAGAAGAUAAUAAUCAAGAUGAAUAUGAUCCAAUGGAAGCAGAAGAAGCUGAGGAUGAAGAAGAUGAUCGGGAUGAGGAAGAAAUAAACAAACGAGAAGACAAAAGAGAUAUCAACAGGUACUGCAAGGAGAGGCCCUCUAAAGAUAAGGAAAAAGAAAAGACUCAGAUGAUCACAAUUAACAGGGAUCUGUUAAUGGCAUUUGUUUAUUUUGAUCAAAGCCACUGUGGUUAUCUUCUUGAAAAGGAUUUGGAAGAAAUACUUUAUACUCUUGGACUACAUCUUUCUCGGGCUCAGGUAAAGAAGCUUCUUAAUAAAGUAGUACUCCGUGAGUCUUGCUUUUACCGGAAAUUAACAGACACCUCAAAAGAUGAAGAAAACCAUGAAGAGUCUGAAGCACUGCAGGAAGAUAUGCUAGGGAACCGAUUGUUACUUCCAACACCAAUAGUAAAACAAGAAUCAAAGGAUGUGGAAGAAAAUGUUGGUCUUAUUGUGUACAAUGGUGCAAUGGUAGAUGUAGGAAGCCUCUUGCAAAAAUUGGAAAAGAGUGAAAAAGUAAGAGCUGAAGUAGAACAGAAGCUGCAGUUGCUAGAAGAAAAAACGGAUGAAGAUGAAAAAACCAUAUUAAAUUUGGAGAAUUCCAACAAAAGCCUCUCAGGUGAACUCAGAGAAGUUAAAAAGGACUUUAAUCAGUUACAAGAAAACUUAAAGAUUUCAGAAAACAUGAAUUUGCAGUUUGAAAACCAACUCAACAAGACAAUCAGAAACUUAUCUACAGUAAUGGAUGAAAUCCACACUGUACUGAAGAAGGAUAAUGUCAAGAAUGAAGAUAAAGAUCAGAAAUCCAAGGAGAAUGGUGCAGGUGUAUGAUAAAAUACAUGUAGUGAUGAGGAAUGGUGUUAAAUAAUGUAAUAUAUAAAAUCAUGAUACAAGAAUGUUUGAAAGUGAUGCAUGUUUGAUUUUAGUAGUAUAAAUAUCUGUUAGUUCAAAUGAUGUAUAAAGUUUUAUGAAUGUGAAGAGUCUGCUUUUGAAAAUUGCUUGUAAUUCCUGGCAUUCAAAUUAUUAAACACUCCUUGAGUGAAAUAAUUUUGCAUUGCAAAAUGUUUUAGGAUGAACUUUGUUAUAGUUUUAACCCCAAUAAAGUUCAUCAGUUUAAUUGAUAGUAGUAUUUAAUUACAAAAUGUCUUUUAUUAAAAUACUUAGAAAAGUACAGUUUUAUUUAUAGAAUUAUCAUUAUUAGGUUUUUAUAAAUUUUUUAGUCUUUUAAAAUUUCAGUAUAAAUCAUAAAAUAGCAUGUUGCUUAAUUUUUUGCAAGUUUUUUGAAUCAGACUUUUUUACUUGUCUUAAAAAAAAUCCCCUCUUAUCAGUCUCUAAACUAUUCAUUAAAAAUUCAAAUCAUCCAAAAGACAGUACAUCAAAAACUAAGAAAGUAAUAGACAAUUACCAUUGUUACUAUAUAUGUUAGAAUUUACAAAAAACGAAUAGUACUGAUGUUAAUGUUACUGCUUUCAAUUAAUUGUUCUACUUUCCCAAAAUAGCACCUAUAUUUUAAUUUUGAGGGUUUUUUUUUAAAUGCAGUAUAUGUCAAAUGUACAGUUUAGCACCAAGCCAGUAGAUGUCAGUAUGAUGUCUUAAGUUAAGCCUUCUUCAAUUAAAAAUAAUUUUUUUAUUAGUCUGUGUACUUCCUUCAGAAUUUUAGUGGGUUCAUAAGAGUUGAUUAAUUGUUGAAUGAAAAGGGUAGCAAAUGUGAUAUACUCUAAAGCAGUGUUCUCAACAGGGGGUGAACUUGCCCCAGAGGACAUUUAGCAAUGUCUGGAGACACUUCUGCUUGUCACAGCUGGGUGAGUGAAUGCUACUGGCAUCUAGUUGUUAGAGGCCAAGGAUGUUGCUACCAUCCUACGUUGGAUAGGACAGCCCCUCAACAAGAAGGAAUUACCCAGGGGUGUCUGGGUGGCUCAGUCGGUAAGUGUCUGCCUUCAGCUCCAGUCAUGAUCCCAGGUUCCUGGGAUAGAACCUUGUGUCAGGCUCCCUACUUAGCAGGGAGACUGCUUCUCCCUCUGCCCCUUCUCCCGCUUGUGCUGUCUCUCUCUCUCAGUAAAUAAAUAAAGUCUUAAAAAGAAUUAUCCACCCCAAAAUGUCAGUAGGGUUUAGGUUGAAAAACUCUGGUCCAAAGAAAUAUAGGAGGCAAGCAGUUAGUUGGUAGGGCAUGUGACCCUUGAUCUUGAGGUUUUAAGUUUGAGCUCCACAUUGGGUGUAGAGAUUACUUAAAAUCUUGGGAGGGGGAAGAAAUACACGAUUAGUGGCACCUUUUAAAAUUAUUUAUUUAUUUAAAGAUUUUAUUUGUGAGAGAGAGAGAAGCAGACUCCCUGCUGAGCAGGGAGCCCGACGUGGGGCUCAAUCCCAGGACCCAUGACCUGAGCCAAAGGCAGAUGCUUAACCAACUGAGCCACCCAGGCACCCUUAAUUUUUUUUUUUUUUUAAGAUUUUAUUUAUUAGAGACUGAGAUAGAGCGGGAGUCGGGAGGAGAGAGAGAAAGAAGCAGGCUGCUCCCUGAGCAGGGAGCCCGACUUGCGGCUUGAUCCCAGGAUCCUGGGAUCAUGACCAGAGCUGAAGGCAGACGCUUAACUUAACACUGAGCCACCCAGUUGCCGCAUGACAUGUCUUUUAAAUAACACUAGUGAAAACUGAAUCACAUCUUUAGCAGAUGAUUAGGGUUUUUUGUAUUUAAAUAACCCUUACUGGACUAUUUCUCUGUCAUAGAAAUACGUGUCAUAUUAGGGUUUAUUUUAUUACAUUUUGCGUUACUUUAUUUUGCUAGACUAAUGGGUAGGUGUUCCCAAAUAGAUUAAUAGGAGAAUAUAAGUGCUGUGUUACACAUGUCUUAAGCUAAAUUGAAUCCACAUGGCUCUUACUAAAAAAUAGAUUAAAAUACCUGAAGUUCUUUCAAACCAAUUUUUGUUUUAAAUUGCUCUUUCUGGUUUAUGGUUUGUUGAACUUCCCUGAAGAUAGAUUGCUGAUUGAUCCAUAAUUAUAAUUAUUGUAUAAAUGUUUCUCCAUCUUUAAGGUAAAAUGAAACAUUUCUGGAUAGUUGGAAAGUUUUUCUCAAGGGAAAAUUGUGGAGAUAAACUUUUAACUAAAAGUGAAGAGUAUAGUUCUUUAGUAGAGUAUGUUUGUAAAUGAGAAAGUAAUUGUAACACUUGUCAGACUUAGUUUUCCCAGAUUUUUUUUUCUUAAAGAUUUUAUUUACUUAUUUGACAGAGACACAGUGAGAGAGGGCACACAAGCAGGGGGAGUGGGAGAGGGAGAAGCAGGCUUCCUGCGGAGCAGGGAGCCCGAUGCGGGGCUCGAUCCCAGGACUCUGGGAUCAUGACCUGAGCCGAAGGCAGACGUUUAACUACUGAGCCACCCAGGAGCCCCUUUUUCCCAGAUAUUUAAAGCAGAGUAAUAUUGGGAGAAUGGAGAAAAAGUAUAAAUCUUUCAAUUUUAUUAUUUAGAGGUAAACUUUUUAUAAAAUAAUUUCAGUGGAAGGUGAGAUUAUUAAGGUAGGGGGAAAAAGGGGGCACAGGAGGCUCAGUCGGUUAAGCAUCUGCCUCUUGGUUUUGGCUCAAGUCAUGAUCAUGAGAUCGAGCCUUUCUUCAAGCUCCUUGCUCAGCAGGGAGUCCGCUUGAGCUUCUUUCUCUCCCUUUUCCUCUGCCCCACCCCCAACAGGCGCACACUCGAUCUUUGUCUCCCUCUAAAAUAAAUAAAUCUUUUUUUAAAAAGGAAGAAAAAGCGCGGUACAUAGAGAAAAGGUUGGUUUUAGAAAAAAAUGGAGGAAAGAUAAGCGACCUAUUUUUGCCUUUCUAAACAGCUUUGAAUAUUCAGGAGUAAACAUGUAGUCCUUGUACUGUAUUCUGACAUUGACCAAGUCAAAAAAAUUAAUAAUAGAAAUAAUAAAGUAGGACAAUGAUAACA